CGUAGCUGAGAUGAUGAUGCUUACAGAUGAUAGACCUCUAAGUCAGUAUCUUUCCAGUCAAUUCUUUGAGUCAAUCCAGAUUUUCGAAGCUGUCGUCGCAAGCUCUAAGCUCUUGAUCCAACUGCCUUUGGGCACCUUUCGAGCUUUCAUUAAGGAACCAUGGAUCCAGAUGUUCCGGAAAGCACACAACCACGGACCAACAUGACUACCCCUGACGCGUUAUUUACUCUUUGUCUCCUAACGUCACUUUCAACAACUAUUAUUCCAUUUUACUCUUUCCCUUGAGUGGUCACUGAACAGGCCGAGAAGACGAGACCUCAGCAGUGGUAGGUCAGUUCCCAAAGCGGCCUAGCGCACAGGUGACCUGUUGCUUCCCCCUCCUUUUUUGGCUCUGGCGUGUCUGCGUUGUUCCUGCUGCGAGUCGUUGCUGUCGCUGUCCCCCGAGUCAACCCACCCCUCCUCCUCUCCUUCUGCUUUUUAUCCAGUCGCCUAAUUCUCUAAUAAUCCUUCCUCAGCUGUUUAUUGCUUAUUGAUUCCCAUUUGUUGUGUGAUUUGUCGUGUACCCCCUUAAUUAAUAUACAGCCAGACAUCUGGUGCAGCUGGCUGAUUGAACGCCUCAGAUCGCCAAUUGGACGUUAGCAACGUGGUACGGCUCCUGACUUUCCUACAAACCGAAGAAAUACCAGCGACGCCAACCCUUAUUGUACCCUUCUCGCCGCCCAUUUGUCCAACCGCUGGUCCCUGCGAUGUCUUCCACAGAGGACCCUAUCCCCUCCGCUCCUCCGGCCGAGGUUGACACGGAGGAUGUCGCACCGGCCACUCCAGUGGAAUCGAGCAUCAUGUCUGGCAGCGAGGAGCUGAUCACGAGCCCCGAGGCUUCCAACAACAAGGAAAACGUAAAGGCCUCCCCAGUGAAAAAGACCACCACCUCGGCCACCGCGACUAAGCGUCCCGUCACUGGAACGUCUGCGACAAAACGUCCCACAUCCAUUUCAGGUACAACCAAGACUGCUUCGUCCACUCGGACUUCCACCUCAAAUGGCGGUGUUCUAAACAAGCCACCCACACGGCCGUCCACCACAUCGACCACUACUCGCAGACCUCUCAGUUCGUCGACUACCGCCUCCCACCGCUCUCGACCAUCACUCAGCUCCGCGGAUGAGAAGUCACGGUCUGUGGCUAGCUCCGGUGAUGAGAAACGGGGUAUCUCUGGAACCGCUAAGCGGAUGUCGCUCGCGGGCACCACCGCAAGUAGUAGAGCUCCGGUCAAGCCGACCUCCACCUUGGAUCGACGUUCCAGUAUAGCGUCUACGACCGGAUCGCGCACCAGCACCGUCUCCUCCACAAGACCUACUACAAAGGCCCCAACCACAACCACCCGUCCUACCACGUCUACAACUGCCUCACGAACGGUUACACGACCAACAGCAACUUCAACUGCCACUAAGAGGUUAAGCACCGCGCCAAGAAGUGCCGAGGAAAAUGUAGAGAAGUUACUGUCUCUUCAAGCCAAGCUAUCUGAGAGCGAAGCGACUGUGGCCAGCCUCAAGGCAGAACUCGAGGCAGUGAACGAAAAGCUAGCUCAGGUACCACAGACCGAAGGCGCUGAAAAGGACCAGGAGGAGGCUACGAAGGCACUCCAGGAACAGCACACGGAGGAGAUCGGUAAGUUGGUGGCGAGCCAUGAAGAACAGCUACAAGGCCUCCGCACUCAGCUCGAGGAGGCAGAAGCAAAGAGAAAGGAAAUCGAGGAGAAGUCCCUCAGGGACUUGGAAGAUGCGUCACAGGUGGCAGCCUCUCAGGGUGAUGAGAAGUUGUCUGCGGCUCUGGAUGAGUUGAAGCAGUCGCACCAAUCUCAGCUGGAAGCUCUUGAGAAAGAGCUUUCCGAGCAAAAGAUUGCGGCUGCCGGGUAUGCCGAACAGAUUGAAGCUCUCAAGGCGGAGGUACAAUCCAAGGCGAAUGGCCUAGAAAUCGCUACCAAGGGAUUCCAAGAUGAGAAAGAAUCCGCCCUCGAGCAGUUGCGUGGGGAGCUGCAGGCCGAGAUUGAAAGUCUUACCAGGUCCAAGGAUGAGGCUAUCCGUGUUGCUGAGGAGUCUGCCAAGCAGUCUGCUGCCGAGUUGGAAGAGAAGAUUGCUUCCCUCGAAGCCAAGCUUGCCGAUGCCGAGUCCGCCGGUACCCAGGGUCGGGAGCAAACUAUGGCUCAGCUUGCAGAGAAAGAGAAAGAGGUGGCCGAGCUGAAGGAGGCCGUGGAAGCAGCCAAGCUUGAGCUUCAGCAAGCAGGCGAGACCUCCGCCAGUGUGCUUGCUGAGAAAUUGAAGGCGCUCGAGGCAGGUCAUGAGGAUGCCAUUGCCAAGCUCAAGGCCGAGCAUGAAGAGGCUCUCGCAACCUCUACUAGUUCACAUGCAGAGGAGCUCGCAAGUGCGAAGACGGCCACCGAAUCCGCCAGCGCCGCUCAUGCUCAGCAACUCGAAGAACUUCAGGCUUCUUUGAACAAAAUCAAGGAGGAUGCGGUGAACGAGCUCAAGGCAGCUCACCAGGAUGAGUUACAGGCUCUGCAACAGAAGCUUUUCCAGGCUGAGGAGGCCGCCCAGAAGGCCCGACAGGCCUCGGAGGAGGGUGCCAGUGCCGCUCAAGCCGUUGCUGUUCAGGAAAUCGAAUCGCUCAAGGAGAAGGUCAGCACGUUGGAGUCGCAACUCACCACAGGACAGGACGAGAUCAAGUCCCUCCAGGCUGAGAUUCAGGCCAAGCAGGAGCAAGCGGACACACUUCAGCAAGCGCUCAUCACGUUUGAGACCAAGCUCAAGGCGAAAGAUGCUGAGCAGGAGGGUCAAGUAAAGGCUGCAGAAGGGCGAGCUGCGGCUGCGGAGAAGGCUUUGGAAGAACAGACCCAACAGGCUGCUGCUCUGACCGAGGAGCAUGCGAAGUCCCUCGAAGCGCUCAAAGCCGAACAUGCUGCUGAGCUUGAGAAGGUCAAGGCCGAAGCGUCUGGAUACCACCAGCAGGCUCUUGCAGAACUCCAGGCCCAGUACAAUGAGUCAUUGACCAAGAACAGCGACUUGGAGGCUUCUCACGCCGGCAAGAUCGAAGCACUUGAGACGGAACUCAAGUCUACCAUGGAACAGGUCGCCGCGCAGAGCGCCAGCCACGCCAAGGAGCUUGCUGACCUUCAGCAGCAGCACGAGGAAGCCAAGAUCAAGCUGCAGACAGAAUUAGAAAGCUCGCAAGCCUCCAAGGUUGCUGAGAAUGAUGCAGAGCACAGCAAGGCAAUCGAGGAGCUUCUCACCGCUCAAGACUCAAAGUUGUCCAGUCUCCGGUCUGACCUAGAAUCGGCUCACCGAGCUAAGCUGGGCGAACUCCAGCAAUCCCAUGAUGCUGCUCUCGAAGAGCUCAAGACUCAACUCACGGCUGCCCAAACUGCCGCCCAAGACACCUCUGUCGUCGACGGCUUGAACGCGACAAUCGCGGAUCUGGAGAAGAAGCUUGCUGCCGCUGAACAAUCCAGCGCCGAGUCCAGCACACGACACUCCGCCGAGCUUUCUCUCCUAGAAAAGGACAAGAACGAAUGGGAGCAGAAACACCAGGCAACAGCUGCUCGUGUGGAAGAGCUAGAGAAGCUCGUCGCUGUUCUGGACAGCACUAAGUCUCAACUCGAGUCGGCGUCCAAGCAGGUCCUUGCGGCUCAAGACGAGUUGUCGCGCCUUCAGGCCAAGCACGAUGCCGUUACCAAGGAACUGGACGAAUCCAAGUCUCAUAACAACAGCAUUCAGGAGAAGCUGGCAGAAGGAGAGAAGGAGAUGAACGCCCAGAUUGACAAGAACAUGAACCUCCUCACUCAGCUGGGCGAGGUUGAGUCGUCUAUUUCCGGUAGCCGCAAGCGAGUCAGGGAGCUCGAAGCCGAGCUUGCAGCGCUGAAGGCCGAGAAGGAUGUCAUCAAGGGUUCAGGCGUAGGACUGCAGGGUAGCCGAUGGGCGGACGACGAAAAGGAGAAGGAGGCGGGUAGCGAGAAGGGAGAAGCGACCACAGCGGAAGAUGGCCAGCAUCCAGGAACAGCUUAAGCAUAUCCGAUCCGCGAAUGACGACUGGUACGAUGAACACCGCCGGUAAGUAGCCCUCUGAAACAUGUUAUGAGCGCAACUGACGAGUCUAGACUCGUUGGAGAGCUAGCACAGCUAUCACGGCGGGCAACGCCUAAUCCCCCCAGCCAGCCAGCGACGCCGCAGCCGGAGGGGCUGACAGAGGCUGUAUCACAAUGAACGGCCUUGGUGACGUAUAAGUGACCUUGUGGGACGACGGGGAUGUUAUUUUUCUUCCAUUCUUUUCUUUGUAUCUUGCUUGUAUAGGAUUAAGAUGUAUGUAAUAAACUGCUCAGGAUACCCGAUUGAAGUGCUGUUGCUGGGGUGGAUUGUUGCUCUAUGUGAACCGGGUCUGGGCAAUGAUGAAUUUAUUAUCUGAGACAUUGAUAAUUUGGUGUAUCUUGCAAGGUUCGGUAAUUAUUUAUAGCCUCCGCCAGAACGCCAGGAAAUUUGCCGAUAAGUCACUGAGUUGGUAGUUGCGUCGUUAAGGCUCCUUGGGCCUGCCCCACGGCGCCCAGGAUACUCGAAUGGGCAGGCACCACGUCAACCGGCCUCCAUCCCGCUUAUCUUUCUUCUCAUUCUCCUUCUCCUCCUCGGCCGUUCGCUGCAUCUCCUGAUACCGUUCCGGGGUGAGAAUUCCCGGUGGUGGCGUGGGCGGUCUCGGCAACGCCCAGCCCGCAGGAAGAUACCCAUGCGCACCGACAGGAAGGAAUCGUAUCGCGGGCGAAGCGCUCGGUGCAGCCCGGUCGUCCCGCACAGAGAGGCUAGUCUCAGCCGCAGACGCAAUCGCACUUCCAAUCACAAACGGAGCCCCCGACCCCAGCUCAUAUUCAGCUGUGCCCGCCGUCCUCUCGAUUCCCUGUCUCUGGAACUCUGUUUCUGUUUCUAUUUCGAGGUUGUCGUUGUCUGGUGAUGAGGCUGGCAGUCGCGGGAGUGGGAUCCGCUUCUGGCGUUGGUGUUCGGGGGAUGGCGACGAGGUGAAUGCGCGGCAGAAGGCGGCGUAGGAGUCUGAGACGGGGUCGUUGGGUGAGGUGUAUUCUGUUUGGAUGUGGAUUGUUCGUUUGUCGCGGUAUGAGAUGGGGUUGUUGUAGUUGUGUUCUGGAUUGUGAUUGCAGAUCGGAUCCUGGUGGGGUUUUAUCCCCAGUGGCGACGAGGACUGCGAAUGCGACUGUGAAGCCGAAGACUUCCGGGAUAGCUUCGAGCUCUGGGCAGUUGUGGUCGGGAUAUUGUCAGGGAUAAGCGUGUUCGCCGUAGUGGUUGCAGUGGUGGUAUUACUUGUUGCAGUAACAGUGGUAGGAUCCGACGUCUGUCGAGGCGAGAGGAGAUGCGACGAGAACCACCGCUUCAACUUGAGUUUCUGGGUUGAGGGGCCCUGUUUUCGGGAACCGGAUCGGGAUGGCGUCUGCGUCGAGAAUGAGUAGAGGGAUGAGGAGGAGGAAGAUGUUGAAGAGAAGGAUUCUCGAUGAACAAACGAGCAGACGAAAAGAAGACGGAAAGAGGGGUGCGAUGAACUGUCUGUCUGUCUAUCGAAAGGCAAGCAAGCAAGUAAGCUUAACAUGGAAUACAACUACUCGGAGAGGAAAGUCGUACAGAGAAAAAGCAUGGGAGCCCAGAAAGGAGAAAGAAGCAAAAGCAGAGGAGGGACCCUGGAGCUGGAGGUGGUCACUGGCCAUGUUUGAGUGUGAUAUAUCCCGCUGCCGUAUACUAUUGAUUGGGAAUUACUUGAGUCUUACUAUAGCUAUACUAUAGUAUGCGAUAUUCGGCCGUUGGCUCGCUCGUUAGGGCUCCAAUAUACAUUCAGCUGCGGCCGUUUUCUCGGCACAUCUUGGCUGCUAUCUACAGAGCACUUUAUCCACCGAAGAUCCGACCCGUAUGAUCCAUACGAUAAGCACCUAGAAGAAACGCGGUUCAUGUACAAUCACCGUUCGGGUGGGCUGUGCAACACGGACGGGGUCAUUGUAAUCACGACCACAACCACUGAGACUGGAGAUCAAUCCAACCUCAGCAGGGCUAGUAGUGUCCACUAGUCCACAGGCAGAGAAAGGGAGGAGGGAGGGAGGGAUGAGUGUAACUUGUACACUUGUACACCGUUGAACGUCGGUCAAACACAUGCGGGACUCCACUGCUACGACGUGGUCGGUGUCCUGCAAGUGGCAC